AUGAAGGUUCUAAGGAACAAGAAGCAUCGAGGAUAUACCCCUGUUCGAGAUCAACAUUUGGAUCUUAUCAAUCAAGUACACGGAGAUUACAAGGAGGGAUAUUAUAUUGGUGUUGAAGUACCUGAUAAUGAUUCUGACGCAGAGAAGCCAUUUUACGGGCCAAAUGUUUGGCCCUCGAUAGAUAUUUUGCCUGGAUGGAGGCAAACUAUGGAGAAAUACCAUCGAGAAGCACUUGAGGUGGCAAAAGCAAUUGCAAGACUCAUAGCCCUUGCACUUGACCUUGGGGGCAACUUUUUUGAUCAGCAAGAAAUGCUUGGCAAGCCUAUUGCCACGUUGCGCCUGCUACAUUAUGAAGGUCUAAUAUCUGAUCCCACAAAGGGAUUAUAUGGAGCCGGUGCCCAUUCUGAUUUUGGUUUGAUUACCCUCUUGGCCACGGAUGAUGUUGUUGGACUCCAAAUAUGCAAGCAUAAGGAUGCAAAACCUCAGAUCUGGGAAUAUGUGGCACCAUUGAAAGGAGCAUUUAUUGUAAAUCUCGGUGAUAUGCUGGAGCGCUGGAGCAACUCUAUGUUUAGGUCGACACUGCAUCGAGUUUUGGGGAAUGGUCAAGAGAGAUAUUCUAUUGCAUACUUUGUGGAGCCUAAUCACGAUUGCCUUGUUGAAUGCUUGCCAACGUGCCAGUCACUGGAGAACCCUCCCAAGUAA